AUGUGUGAGAAUGAGCUCAAAUCCAAAGCUGACGCCACUGCACAAAUUGAAGUGAUACCAUGCAAAAUUUGUGGCGAUAAGUCCUCCGGGAUCCACUACGGAGUCAUCACGUGCGAAGGCUGCAAGGGAUUCUUUAGGAGGAGCCAGCAAAACAAUGCCUCUUACUCCUGCCCAAGGCAGAGAAAUUGUUUAAUUGACAGAACCAACAGAAACCGUUGCCAACACUGCCGACUGCAGAAGUGUCUUGCCCUAGGAAUGUCAAGAGAUGCUGUGAAGUUUGGGAGGAUGUCCAAGAAGCAAAGGGACAGCCUGUACGCCGAGGUGCAGAAGCACCAGCAGCGGCUGCAGGAGCAGCGGCAGCAGCAGAGCGGGGAGGCCGAAGCCCUCGCCAGGGUCUACAGCAGCGGCAUCAGCAGCAGCCUGGGCGGCCUGGGCGGCGAGGCCGGCGGCACCUACGCCAACGGGCACGCCAUCGACCUGCCCAAGUCCGAGGGUUAUUACAGCGUGGACUCCGGCCAGCCGUCCCCGGAUCAGUCGGGACUGGACAUGACUGGCAUCAAACAGAUAAAGCAGGAGCCCAUCUAUGACCUCACGUCCGUGCCCAACUUGUUCACCUAUAGCUCUUUCAACAACGGGCAGCUAGCGCCGGGGAUAACAAUGACUGAAAUCGAUCGAAUUGCACAGAACAUCAUUAAGUCCCAUUUGGAGACGUGUCAAUACACCAUGGAGGAGCUCCACCAGCUGGCGUGGCAGACCCACACUUACGAAGAAAUUAAAGCGUAUCAGAGCAAGUCCAGGGAAGCACUAUGGCAGCAAUGUGCCAUCCAGAUCACUCACGCCAUCCAGUACGUGGUAGAGUUUGCAAAGCGAAUAACAGGCUUUAUGGAACUCUGUCAAAACGAUCAGAUUCUACUUCUGAAGUCAGGUUGCUUGGAAGUGGUUUUAGUGAGAAUGUGCCGUGCCUUCAACCCAUUAAACAACACUGUUCUGUUUGAAGGAAAAUAUGGAGGAAUGCAAAUGUUCAAAGCCUUAGGUUCUGAUGACCUAGUGAAUGAAGCAUUUGACUUUGCAAAGAAUUUGUGCUCCUUGCAGCUGACUGAGGAGGAGAUUGCUUUGUUUUCAUCUGCUGUUCUCAUAUCUCCAGACCGAGCCUGGCUGAUAGAACCAAGGAAGGUCCAGAAGCUUCAGGAAAAGAUUUAUUUUGCACUUCAACAUGUGAUUCAGAAGAAUCACCUGGAUGAUGAGACCUUGGCAAAGUUAAUAGCCAAGAUACCGACCAUCACGGCCGUCUGCAACCUGCACGGGGAGAAGCUGCAGGUAUUUAAGCAAUCGCAUCCAGACAUAGUGAAUACGCUCUUUCCUCCGUUAUACAAGGAGCUCUUUAAUCCUGACUGUGCCACCGUCUGCAAAUGAAGGCAGCGACAGAACUGCCUCACAGCCCUGGAAUGCAUCACCAUUAAGACGAAAGCAAUGUGUUCAUGGAGACUUAAGGAAAAUGUCACUACAGCAACACUAGGAAUGUCCUGCACUUAAUAGAAUUACUUUUCACCGCUACAGUUUGAAGAAUGUAAAUAUGCACCUGAGUGGGGCUCUUUUAUUUGUUUGUUUGUUUUUGAAAUGACCAUAAAUAUACAAAUAUAGGACACUGGGUGUUAUCUUUUUUUUUUUAAUUUUAUUCGGGUAUGUUUUGGGAGACAACUGUUUAUAGAAUUUUAUUGUAGAUAUAUACAAGGACAGAGCAGUACUUUACAUGAAACUUUUCCUGUUGAUUGUUCAGAUAUAAUUUAAGAAAAUUCCACUUAAUAGACUUACCUAUUUCUAUGUUUUUAGGUAGUUGGUGCAUGUGUAAAUCUGUAGCUGUCUUGGAAAGCACUGUGCAUGUAUGUAAUAAGUAUAUAAUAUCUGAGAAUAUUAUAUAUGACCAUUACUUAUACAUGCACAUGCACUGUUGCUUAAAAUAUCAUACCUACUAGCAAAGGAGGUUCAGUCAGGCUCUCUUAUAUUAUUUACCUUCUGUGUUAUAUGUUACCUUUAUGUUAGACAAUCGGGAGUUUGCUUUCCCAACUGGAAUUUUUAUUUAUAGUCAAUGGCAAGAUGGUACCAAUUCAGAAAUAAGUCUAUAAAGGAAGAAUUAUAAUGCAUGGCCUCUAUCAAUGACAUCAAAGCCUUGUCAAGAUGGUACAUAUUGGGGGGGAAAUAGAAGUAUUUGUAGCCAUUUUCCUGUUUUAAGAAUUAGGCCAUAGGUAAUAUUAUGGAGUCCAGGACUUUUUUGACCAAACAAUAGAUUUUUCACCAGGACAUGCAAAACACAUUUUUUCUUUGGAUUUCAGGUUGUGAAAGAAACUUGAUUUUGGUGCUUACUGUGUCUUCAACAGAGAAAUACAGUCUGCAGGUUAAAACCACCAGCAAUUUUUUUCUGAUAAAAUUAAAGUAAAAGAAGCCAGGAUCCCAAUGCCAUUUCAUGUAAACAUUUUCUCUCUGACCAUUUUUUUCUUUUUUUUUUUUGCAAAGAAGUAAAAAGAAAAUAUACAAAGUAAAGAAGUAGUUCUUUAUAUCCAUUCUCAUUAAUAAGUUUGUUAGAAAAAGCAGCAAUAAAGGGGGAGGCAGGACCUUAUAUGUCCUUUAGUCUGGAGUCUCUAAUUCUUUCCAGCUCCAAAAUACUGUAUUAUAAAAACAUAGCAACUUGACAGAUUGGAAAAAAAGAUGUUAGGUAUUGUAUAAAACAAAUACACCCCAAAGCCAAAACGAUUAUCUUCUUAGCAACUUUUAAAAGAACAGAAUGCAAGAGGUGAGAAGAGGAUUGGAGAGUUUAGGCUUCCCAGUACAAAUUCUCAGUUCCCCACCUGCUCUUCAGAAAAGGCAAACUGAUCACCAGAAAAGGCGUAAAUUCUAAAGAGUUUGUUCUACCUGUGGUCUGAGGCCUUAUGCCUUUGAUCUUAUCCGAUCCAAAAUAAGAUUUUUUAAAAGGAAAGGAAAGGAGAACUUUAUGUAUGAAACAGUGAAAAUUAUGAUAUCCUGUAAGUGUAGCCCAGCCAUCAACUCAUGGAGACCUGCCCCUUUUUUCUUGUCUGACACACGCACAUGCAUGCACACGCACACACACGCACGCCUGCUUUGCAAAGUUUCCAUCAGUGGAAACUUUGAGUUCUGGCCCAUCUCUCAGGCUUUCCUGAAGUUACGUGGUCGAGAGCGGUCGCCACGAUGCCACAGAGCUCCUCCACAACAAUCAAACGGUAGUGCCAGCAUUUCCUUUUAGAAAACAGAGCCUUUCCCACCUCAUGAUUGAUGAAUUCCAGACCAAUGGGGAAAAACAAAAAGGCUUUAAAAUAAUGAAUCUCUUUCUCAACUACUGUUAUAUUCAAUUAAUUUAACUACAUUGAACCAAAUUAACUUCGGUGUCUGAGAAGACAGCUGUAGACAGCUUAUUAUGCUACUACAGGGACUCAGUUCUUUUUGGUGUAAAUGUCACUCCUGCUAGCUCUUUGUAUAAAGAAUUAAUUCCAAGAGUCAUAUUUCCUUCUAAUGGAAAGAUUACUUUACUGAUUGCUAGGAAAACAGGGUAAUGGAAGGCACUCAAUUAAACCAAGCUGUUUCCAAAUGCAAUGUAUGUUUUAUGAUUGGCUUGUGAUAGGCGAUGUUUAAUGUGUCUACUUGGUGUUUCCCUUUGAGCUUUGAACUUAUGUCAAAGUUUGUUUUCAUUGUUCUCUUGGCCUAGUGUUUUCCGUUGUCAGCCUGUAAUUCCUGCUCCAUUGCAAAGGGGAUCAUUUGUUUCCUCCAAUUUACCUUAGAGGAUUUAAAUUGGCUCAGUUGAUGAAGAGGCUGAGAAUUUUUUCAUCCCUUGUCCCACGGGUGAUGUAGGAAAAAAGAUUGUUCCCCACAUUUGCCUCAGGAGGUACUAGAUUUGAGUUUGUGUCAUUUCCACUAGUGCAGGCAUUUAACUGGGACGGCAAGAACCUUUUGAAGCUGGGGGAUUGGAAACAGCUAGAGACUGAACCAAAACAGCACGGUGGAAACCGUCCACGCUCAGCCCACUUCAGUUGAGAAAAGAGAUUUCCGUUUCUCGCCACAGUUGCCAAAUCUGUCCCUUAAAAGAGAAUCGAGUCAUAUUUUCGAUGGUAACAAAGCACUUUUAAAAGCUGCCCUUUAAACAUCUGCUGUGACUCCAUCUCGAGGUAUUUUGAAAUUUUGGUAAGAGCAACUUCCUUUACCACAUGUGAUUUCCAUCCCUUCCCCGUGAACACUCACCAAUGUCCAUGACACAUUCAUGACAAAGUGUGCACUGGAAAAAACACCCCGCGCCCUCUACUUUCCACCCCGUGCUUCGUAAAUGACAAUCACUGCUUGAUGCAGAUGUUGCACUGUAUCCACUCAGGGAUGUUUUAUUUUUUAAAAAAAAUUUUUAAAGGUACAUCAAGAAGGAAGGGAAGGGGGGAAA